AUGCUUCCUGAAAUAUUGAUGAUAAUGUUGGCUUCAAAGGUUCUAAUAGAAAUUGGGGAGACAGCAAAGUUAAGGAGUUCAAGAAGGCAUGAAGAUGUUGCAGUAGAUGAGACGUCUACCAGCUACCUGAGCAUUUAUCACAACACGACGCUUCUAUCAUCAGCUGGUCCGAAUGUAACACAAACAUUUGGUUCGAGCACAGCGCAGCCAUCCUCAGCUGGCCCGAGCACAACACAGCCUUUCUCAUUUGGUCUGAGCACAACACAGCCAUCCUCAGCUGAUCCGAGCACAACACAGCCAUCCUCAUUUGGUCCGAGCACAACACAGCCAUCCUCAUUUGGUCCGAGCAGAGCACAGCAAUCCUCAUUUGGUCAGAGCAAAGCACAGCCAUCCUCAGCUGGUCCGAGCACAACACAGCCGUCCUCAUUAGGUCCAAGCUUAACACAGCCACCCUCAUUUGGUCCGAGCAGAGCACAUCAAUCCUCAUUUGGUCCGAGCACAGCACAGCCAUCCUCAGCUGGUCCGAGCACAACACAGCCGUCCUCAUUAGGUCCAAGCUUAACACAGCCACCCUCAUUUGGUCCGAGCAGAGCACAGCAAUCCUCAUUUGGUCCGAGCACAGCACAGCCAUCCUCAGCUGGUCCGAGCACAACACAGCUAUCCUCAUUUGGUUCGAGCACAACACAGCCAUCAUCAUUUGGUCUGAACACAACACAGCCAUCAUCAUUUGGUCUGAACACAACACAGCCAUCAUCAUUUGGUCUGAACACAACACAGCAAUCCUUAUUUGGUCUGAACACAACGAAUCGCACAACUGCAUCAGUAAGGACUGGGUUGGCAUUUGAAGGCAACGGAGAGGAAUUUGAUGAACUAUGUGGGUCAUCAAGGUAUGCAAAUUGUAUGAAAAAUAGCUGCCGUGGAAAAUGUGGACAGGUGAAUCAAUUUACAGACCCUCUUUGGUUGUGUUCCUGUGAUAGCGCUUGCCAUGUUUAUAAGAGUUGCUGUCCAGAUUUUGAAACGGAAUGCAGGAAUAAUGUCUCACUCAGUGAUGUCCGGCAGACAGAUGGAACUCAUAGAACCAUGUGUAAGAAAAUUGGUUCCAAUACUGAAAGACACGGUCAUAUGGCGCAAUCAUGCAAACCAGGGUACAAAGACAUUGAUGUUAAACAGAAGUGCCUUAAACCAGAAGGGCUGACGGGUAUGGCGCCUGUAACUGACCCCAAGUCGGGAAUCACCUACGCUAACUAUUUCUGUGCAUUGUGCAAUGAUGUGAAAAACAUUCAACAAUGGAAAAUCAUUGCGAACUGUACUGGAAUCCCUUUUGGGAAUCCAACGGGUGAUAGAUUUAUUGCCUCAAUGCUGAAUAUUCCCCAUAAUAUUGAUAAGGGAGCAUGCACUGCCUUUUUUCAACCAACCGUACCUACAGAUAUACGCCCUUGUAUCAAUGUCGUUGAUAGUUGUCGUUCCAGGUGUAAUAAUGAUAUCUUGAAACAACAGUGCAAGGAAGGACCGUAUGACCCGCAAAGGUUAGAAACUCUUAAAUUUAUCAUGAGAAACAAAUACUGUGUCUAUUGCAAUAAUUACGCUAGUAAUAAAACAAAAUGCAGUGACAGUGCGACUUCAAGGAACCCAACCUUAGACUCCUACUUCACGUAUUCUGUACUGUUAGAAAUUGACCCUGAUGAGGAUGUGAAUGUUGAUAUUGCCCCAGUUGCAAGACUGGCUGGAGUUGGCUCAAGCUUCAAAAUACAGAACAAAGAGACGCGUAUCACUAAAUGUUCACCACCGUUUACAUACCACAACGGUAAGUGUUUUCUCGAAGAAACCAUGAUGAUUAAAGUGACAUGCUAUAUUCAUCUGAUCAGUGGUGUAUGUAAAGAUGAGUAUAUCGACCUGAUAUGGGAGGUAUAUGACAAUGUCCUUGGUGUUGUCACAACGCGUUGCUAUAGGAACUUCUCAGAGACGUUUUUCCACGUCACUUUCAUGAACCAUACAGUGGAUUGGAACUCUAUUCUAAAAAGGAAUGAAGUGAAACUAAUGAACAGAUUGCCUUAUCAAAGAUUUGAUUUGAAAAGAAGUCAUUGUAUCUUCCUCAAGAUCUUGACUGAAACUGACCUAGAGCGUGAAACAACAACUGAGCUCAGCACAGUAAAUACAGCAACACGUAAACUUAAGACCAAUGAAGCAAGCGUCGUGAAAAUAACUUACACAUGUGGUUUACAAAUUGCUUGUCUGAUUGGUCAGAUGAUUGCUCUCAUGAUUCAUAGUAAUCGGGACUGUUAG